GGUGUAAAAUAAGCCAUGGAGACGAGUCGAGCUUGCAGUUGCUAUCUCGGUGUAAGGAUACUCUUGCUGCUAUUCUUCAUCCCAAACCAAGGCGUGGCCCUAAUUGACCUGCGGGACAAAUACGUCAGUCAGAGCAGCAACGUCUCAACUGAUAGUUACGCAACCUGGGCAGUUGAUGGUGACAUCGACACGAUUUCACAUACGUUGUGCAAUGGAGACCAAUGGUGGCGGGUUGAUCUGGGGACUACCUAUCGCUUGCAGCGGAUCACCAUAGUUAAUAGAAACGAUAGACAUGGUAGCCGAUUACAAGGCGCUAUUGUGCGAGCUGGAUUGGAUGCAGAUCACUCACAGAACGCACGAGUCGGAUCACCAGUCACCUAUGGUCAAGCCUACCCUGGCGGACAGACUCUCAAUUUCGUACCGGACCCUGUAGUCUCUGCUCGGUACGUGAGCGUGGACUUAUACAAUAACUGCUUGCAACUGGCGGAACUUAGGCUGGAAGAAGAGGUCAUUAUUUCAUCAGGUGAACUGGUGGACUUCACAUGCUUCAAUGAAAACCCUCUCCUUUCCAUCACCACCGAAAGCACAUUCAUCGGCGGCUACAAGGGAAACGUGGCAUUGCUAGGCGAUGCAGUUACAUUUGGGAGGACUGUCUCCACGGCAACCGGCGAUGGUUUGCCCUUGUGCUCAUGCAUUCCCAACCCUGGAGACGGGAGGGGGACUGCGAUCAGCCGUCAGUAUAUGAAUUGCCCUAGUGGUUUGUGCUCGUGCGGUGGGACUGGUAGUUCCUGUCUGUAUAGGAUUGGGGCGUUCUACUGCCAGAUUGAUACUGGGACCACGGUGGAGAAGAUAACAACAGUAACUCUCAACUCAAACGCCGUCAUAAUUCCAAAGCGGCAGACUAUCACAGUAAGCCUAGGAGAAUCGCUCACCCUUGAAGUCUUCACCACCUUGUCUCCGCUCCCAGACUGGCGAUGGAGGAAGACAUCGGCUGAAUUUAACGGCUGGUUUAAUAACUGGUUUGGUAACCAGUCUCCUACUAUAAGUUCAGUCACUGCAGCUGAUGCGGGUGUGUACGAAUGCCAUGAACCAGGACAGAGAGGCCAGGGACGCCAUGCUAUCUUCAGAGUUAUAGUCAGAGGUUGCCCUAGCAACAUGUGGGGACCGUCGACUGGCUGUCAGAACGUUUGCCCAGUGUGUUAUAACGGCGGUAUGUGUCAUGACGUCACCGGGCAAUGCAUCUGCGCUCCGGGUUUCAGCGGCUCCAACUGUCACAUCGCGAAUGGUAGAAAUGCAUGGGGAAUGAAUGGCACACUACCAUGUACAGGGGCUGAGGAUCGUCACGGUGCGUCAUGCAGAGGACGUCUGUUUUGCCUUCAAGAUCCGUUCGGUUGCUCCUGUGCGGCCGGCUACAAGGGAAUCGGCUGUGACCAGGAGUGUGAUCAACCCAACACCUUUGGACCAUACUGCACUCAAACCUGCCACUGCGCUGAAGGCAUCACGUGUUUAACGGACACUGGCGAAUGUAACGAUCCAUCGUGCACCGAUGAAUACUGCCCUCAACAAUGCGCUUCAGGCUGGAAGGGAAGGAAUUGUCAAGUUCAGACACCGUGCCCGCCCGGUUACUAUGGCGAGAUAUGCACACAGAGAUGCAAUUGCCGUGACAACCAAGCAUGCAAUGAGGAGAUGGGAGAUUGCGUCGAUGGCUGUGCGGACGGUUACAGAGGAGCGGCUUGUGACCAAGAUGGAACCAGAGCCAUUGUCUCUUUUGGACAGACCAGUAAACUCAACGCUGGCCAGCCAGUAACUGUUAAAUGUGAGACAGUGGGGAAUCCCCUACCCACAGAAGAUGAUAUCAUUCUACAGGAUGUCAGGAGUAAUGAAAUCGAUCCUGUUAGGUCCUUCGAGUCCUCUGAUUUCAAUGACUACAGGAGGUUCAACGAGUACAUCUUGACUGGAGACGAUGCAGUCUCGGGAGCACGAUUGACUUGCUUCCUUCGCAAACUUGACAACACCUUUCUCCCUGAAUUCCUGACGCUGGAUUUAUAUGAGCCGCCAUCCCUUGCGUCAGCCCCUUACGCAGGACCCAAAGAUUCCACAAGCAUCAAGGUCAGAUGGAAUUCGUGGACCUCUGCGCAGGGUCGCGGAGACGGGCCCGUCCUACGUUUCGAGGUCCACUACCGGCUCCGAAGCGAUGACAUGGAUGAUACUACGUAUGAGUUUGUAGAAAUAGCGGCCACCAACACUAGCACCGCGUUGAUCAUCAGGGAACUGGAGGUAGACACCGAGUAUGACUUUGUCGUCGUGGUAGUGAGGGAGGGGGAAGGUGGGGCUGGACCCCCUAGCCCUAAGGCCACCAUCGGAACGACCUGUGCAAAUCCAACUACAGCCCCGAUGGUGCAGCUUGAUGUUGUGAGCAGUACGGAACUACGCCUUUCAUGGCAGUUCCCGCCAGAAUCAACGUGGCAGUGCAGCAGUUUGCAGUAUGUCCAGGUCUACCGGAAACAAAGCUCCGAAGUUGAAUUUCCCAGUAACACGAUACAGUACGAAGCCACGGGAUCGUUCACCACUCUCGGUUCCCUGGCACCCUGCACCAGCUAUGAUGUGUACGUUACGUUCACCAACAGAGAUGGGCUCUACAGUCCCGGCAGUAUCAUAGUGACUGCAACCACUGAAACCACAGUUCCUGGUCCGGUGACCUCGUUGCGAAUUUUCAAUCCACCCGGUAGUUCACACAAUCAGCUUGGUGUCAGUUGGUCAUCACCGUCAGCCGACAACAAUUGCCCGGUCGAUGCUUACAUCAUCAGUCACUCUCUGACGAGGAUAAAGGCAUGCGGCUCAUCCAGUGUUGACCCUGGUACCAUAUCGCAAAGAGUCAUUGUCACUACAUUGUCAUUGAACAACCUGAAACCGUACUCCAGCUACAGUGUGUCCGUGGUCGCUGUGAAUUCAGCAGGGAAUUCCACUGUUAGUGCAUCGUCAGAAGACACAAGUGCAGCAGUGCCAAGCUUUGUACCAACGGUGAACGUACUGGAUUCUGAUAUCACAUCCAACAGAAUACAUUUCACAUGGGAUGAGGUUUCCUGUGAAGAUUUGAACGGUCCGCACUCAAGCCGCGCGUACCGCGCUGAGUUGACAAAUUUUGCAACAGAUGAUUCAACAACAUACUCCACAAACCUUGAAUAUAGAACGGAGUCUUGGCUGACCCCCUGCACAAUGUACAGUUUUCAGAUCGCAGUUGUCAAUACUUUUGGAAUCGGAACUUACAGCAAUGCUACUGAGGUGACUACCAAGACAGUGGUUCCAUCUCAGGUUCGUGAUUUAUCCGCUGAGGCUGUUGACGGCUAUCCCACUGUCCUCCGUGUUCGGUGGAAUCGACCGUCUGGCAACUGCCCCAUAGAUCACUACACGGUCAGCUAUGACUUGUUUAGGUUAUUGAAGUGUGAAUAUCCAACUAGCAAUCGCAUUGAAGCAGGGAGAACGACCCUUAUGGAGUAUAACAUUACCGGCCUCUUCCCAAACUCUGAAUACAGCGUGUAUGUGACGGCGACAACAUCAGCUGGUGAAGGGUCGGAAGAUUAUGAAUAUGUUUAUACUGCCGAAGCAGCUCCAUCUGAACCUCCACGGAACGUCAUCAACACGGCAACGCUUAAGCGAGGUUUGAGGUUCGCCUGGCAGUCACCAUCCUGCCCUGGUCGUCGUGGUGUGAUCGUCGGCUACACAUACCGACUAAUUGAUCUAGAAAGAGGCGGGGAGAAUGUGACAGAAGACACCAGCUCAUCUGUGACGGACGCUGACAUUGAUGGUCUGGUACCCUACACCCUGUACUCAUUCCAAGUGCUGGCACGCACCGCAGCUGGAAAUGGUCCCUAUAGUGACGCUAUCAAGCUACGCACAGAUCAAGCAAAGCCACCUCAAAUUACCUCCGUCACGACACCCAGUGGCGACGCCACUUCCAUCACUGUUCAGUGGCCCAGGCCAGACCCACCUUACGGCAUCAUCAUAGCCUACUACGUAGUCUACGGAAUCGUAUCCCAAGGAAACCAGUCGACGCUGCAAGUCACUGAAGGACUGAAUGAUACUGUCGUUGAAGUUGAACUGACUGGCUUGGUUGCUGACAGCAAUUAUUCCAUACAGGUCCAAGCUGAAACAGUGGUCAACCGAGGCGUUUUGAGUGAACCCGUCUAUCGCAUAACACAGGAAGGAAUUCCCAAUAUGCCAUCGUCGCUCAGGGUCGUAAGCAGAAAACAGACAGAGUUGUCCAUCGCGUGGGAUGAGCCAACAGCACCCAAUGGGCAAAUCAUUAAAUACACGGUCAAAUAUCGAGUCAUCGACAAGCCCUAUGAUCCAGAUUUCAGGCCUUCCUCGGAGUAUACUGAUUCUGAUACGACGCCUGAAGUAAGGGGGAGGAGCAUACUUGGACUGCUACCCGGCACUAAAUACGAGAUUAUGGUGACUGCAUCCACGCGACUGGGGCCGGGGCCAGCAGCCGUGAUGGAGGCUUAUACUGAGCCGGCAUCAGAUAUUCCUGCCCCGGUCGCCCCGAUUGUUGAUCCAAAGAUGUCUACCGGAACAAAAGUGGUCAUCUCCAUUCCCAUCGUGGACAAUGAUUACGUUGUUUCCUACCUCGUCAAGGUGAACAAAACGUCCUCCAGAAAGCGACGCCAGUCACUCCCUGUUCAACAGGAAGAUUUUGGAAGCUACGAUGCAAACCCAGGCCAUUACUGGGCCGGGGAAGUCAACAAAAGCGAGCACACGGGGACUUUUGAGAUCGGCGAUAAUAAGACGUACGGAGGGUAUUACAAUCCACCGCUGCAGGAAGGGGCGACUUAUGAAAUACAGACAGGAUCCAGUAGCAAAACAGAUGAUUCGCAUAUGGUUGCUCUGUCGAAACCUAUCAAAGUCACAGCUGGUGACUAUGGUGAUGCACCCCAACCGCCGUCACCUGAAGAUGGGGGCGGGUCCAUUGGGACCAUAAUUGCCGUGGUCUUGGUGCUAUUGAUCGGUUCUUUUCUAAUCUUUGGAGGAGUGAUGGUGGUCAAGCGGAGACGUGCCCAAAAGACUGCAAAGCCCUUCGAUUCUGUUGGAAUGACAACAAUUGAUGAUUCCAAGUUUACAAAGAAGUCGCCCCCCAGUCCCCAGAUGAAGCAUGUCGCCUCCGAAGACGCCCUGACCAACAUGGCCGAUACCAUGCCUCCAGAGGGCGACCUUCGCCCCGCGCCCUCCAACUCUUCCACACUGCCGGCCGACAUCCACAGGAAGCCGACGGCCAGAGUGACCAAGGAAAAGCCAUCCUCGGGACCAGUCAAGGUGGACAAGCUCUCCGACUACGUGAAAGCCAAGAAAGCCAAGAACAAUGAAGGCUUCAGGGUAGACUAUUCGGGUCUCCCAAGUGACCAAAUUCACCCGAUGGAUGUCGCCAAGAAAGAUGAAAACAAAGUGAAGAAUCGCUAUGCCAACAUCAUAGCAUAUGACCACUCUCGCGUCAUUCUCGACAAGCUUGACGGGGAUCCCCAUUCAGACUACGUCAAUGCAAGCUACAUAGAUGGAUAUAAACAUCCCAGAAAGUACAUAGCCUCACAAGGCCCCAAUGUAGCAUCCACUAAGGACAUGUGGCGCAUGAUUUGGCAGGAGAAAACAAACAUCAUUGUCAUGGUAACGCAUCUUGUCGAGGGAGGAAAGAAAAAAUGUGAACAGUACUGGCCCACGACAUCCAGAUCCUACAGUGGGAUUGAGGUGACAUUGGAGAGCGAGUCAAAACUUGCCGACUAUAUUGUACGGGCCUUCAAAGUGAAAAAGGGCGACGAGGAAAGGAAACUCAUGCAGUAUCAUUUCACGUCAUGGCCGGACAUGGGCCUGCCGCAGUACGCUAGUCCCCUACUCCGAUUUGUAGCCGUGGUCAAAGAAGGCUGCGCCAAAUAUCCCGAUAUGGGACCAAUUAUUGUGCAUUGCAGCGCUGGGGUGGGUCGCACAGGAACCUUCAUCACCAUCGAUGCCAUGCUGGAUCAAGCCAAGGGAGAGGGACAGGUGGACGUACUGCAGUUUGCCACCAAUAUGCGAGACAGAAGGGUCAGGAUGGUCCAGACGCAGGAGCAGUAUAUGUUCAUCUUUGACGCCCUCCUGGAAGCGUUCCUCUGCGGCCAGACGUGGGUCUCCGUUGAUGACCUCAGGCAGGCAAUGGACAGGCUGAACACACCCAGCCCAACUGGGCGCUCCACUCUCAUGCAAGACGAAUUCUCGAAAUUGACAGUUCUCCAACCCCCAGCCAAGGCGGACCGCUUCCGUGGAGCGAAGGACCCUAUCAACGCAAACAAGAACAGGUUCCCUGAUAACCUUCCAUUGGAUCGCGGCCGACCGUACCUAAUGACCAUGGGUACAGAGCAAAGUACCAACUACAUCAAUGCUUCAUUCAUUAAUGGCUACUGGAAGCGAGAUCAGUACAUCAUCACACAGAUACCCAUGCCCAACACCUCCAUCGACUUCUGGAGUAUGGUGUAUGACUACAACUCCUCCACUAUCGUCAUGCUGAACCCCCUGGAUCCUAGUGAUGAGACAAUGGAUAGAUACUGGCCAGAGAAGUCCAUGUCAGCCUAUGGUCCAUACAGCGUACAACUAGUGUCAGUAGAAUCCUACGAUGGCACUAUCUGCAGGACCUUCACUCUAGACAACAUGAAUAAACCUAAAGACGAUGCGCACACCGUGCGACAGUUUGAGUUCCAAGGUUGGUCCUCGGAUGCUGAGAUCCCGUCUUCCGCGAUGUCCUUAUUGAAGCUGAUCACGUACCUGGAGAGAUGGCUAGAAGACCACGAUGGGCCAGUCACCGUCCAGUGCCUAAAUGGGGUCCGUAGUAGUGGACUCUUCUGUGCUAUUCUGUCCAUGCUGGAUAAAAUUAAAGCUGAGAAGAUUGUGGAUGUCUUCAAUGCCGUCAAGAGUGUCCGAAACACCCGGCCCUCUGGAGUUGCCUCGCUGGAACAAUACAAGUACUGCUACGACACAGCCCUAAUGCACCUGCAGUCCUUCGACAUCUACGAGAACUUCAGGUAGAGU